UAAAAGGGGACACGGGUGGGUGGCCCCGGGGACAAGGAUGCUGAGCCGCUGGGCGCUGGUGCUGGCCGUGCUGGGGGGGGCCUGCGCCCUCCCCGCCCCGGCCCCCCUCGCCUACACCCAGGCGCUGACUCAGGCCGUCGACUCCUACAACCAGCGCCCCGAGGUGCAGAACGCCUUCAGGCUGCUCAGCGCCGACCCCGAGCCCGCCCCGGGCGUGGAUCUGGGUACGCUGCAGCGCCUCAACUUCACCAUGAUGGAGACGGACUGUAGCCCCAGCCUGCGGGUGAACCCCAACGACUGCGACUUCAAGGAGAACGGGGUCAUCAAGGAGUGUUCGGGGCCGGUGCAGUUCCUGCAGAGCGCUCCCGAGAUCGACCUGCACUGCAGCGACGCCUCCAACGACCCGGUUCUGGUCCAGCGGGGCCGGUUCGGGCGGUUCCUGAGCAGGAUCGGACGUUCUCGGCCCAGGUUCAGCAUCAGCGUCAAGGCCAAGGCCUCCUGGCGCCUGGGCUGAGCCAAUAAAAGGGCCCUUCGCGGCCGGAAU